AACAUACGCAAUUUAAGUUUGACCACCAGUAAACAAUUUUGGACCAACAGACCUUACCGCUCGGGGGCGCCCACGCGCUGCGUUGUUGUUCGUGUAGCUCAGUAUCAAGGGAAGAAGAAGCGAAUCAAGAUGGCGGCACCCCUACUCGAAAGUGAAGUGGAUGUUUUUCGGAAAGUUUUCAAGCUGUACAGGAGGAGGACUCCUCCUCCGGACUUGAGUGACGUGCUCGACUUCUCUAAAGCUUCUGCCAGUGAAAAGACUGUUCCAGUCCAGCUGGACACUAAUGCUGUGAGUGAUGUGGAUGCAGCCAGAGUUGGCCUGAAGCCUGUGAUGCAGUGGGAGGCUCGUGGCCUGAGCGGAUUCCCAGGGUUCAUCUUCAUCACCAACCCUUUCCUCUCGGACGCCCAGCACUUCUGGAUCAAACAGUGUCUGAAAACCUACCCGCGGAAACCCAACGUGUGCAACCUGGACUUGCACAUGGCGCCGGCUGACACUCAAGACAUUUGGGGGACGAGUGCUCCAAGCCUCAGGCGUCACAGUGAUCUGAGGAAGCCCAAGACCUUAUUAGAGAAGCUCCGCUGGGUGACUCUGGGCUACCACUACAACUGGGACAUGAAGACCUACUCUCCAAGUCACUGCACCCCGUUCCCGUCCGACCUCCAGCUUCUGUCCCGCCACAUCGCAGCGGCCUGCAGCUUCCCAAGCUUCAGCCCGGAGGCAGCAAUCCUCAACUACUACAGGUCCAACUCCUCCCUGGGAAUCCACGUGGAUGAGUCGGAGCUGGACCACAGCCAGCCGCUGCUGUCCUACAGUUUCGGACAGUCGGCCAUCUUCCUCCUGGGAGGCUACCGAAAACAGGACGCUCCGACCGCCAUGUUCAUGCACAGUGGCGAUGUGAUGGUCAUGUCGGGUCAGAGUCGCCUCCUCUACCAUGCGGUGCCGCGGAUUGUUCCUGCGCCGGAGGAGCUGCAAGAUCCUGUGGGCUUCUCUCCACAGGACACCCGGUUGGUGGAGCCCGUCACGGCCGAGGACUGGCUGGUGUGCAGGAGCUACAUCCAGGACUCCAGGGUCAACGUGACGGUCAGACAGGUCCUUGCUGCAGGACACAGCUUCCCAGACAGAGUCGGAGCAACAGAGAGUAAGAAACGACGGCACAACUCUGGCGACGGCGACUCGCUCACGCUGAUGUCCUCGAUACAGUGGUGGAGAAAAGAAUCCAACACUACAGACGCAUGUUCCAGUGUAGAAAACUGGAUCGAUCCACCAGUCACAGUGACGGUGCCGUGAUCAGAUCUCACUCUCGUACGUGUGCAGGUAUGUUUUCAGAGAGAGGACUUCAGUGUAGCUCAGCGCAGUCCUGCGGUAGAGGUCCA